AUGAUAUCGUCCAGAAAGGUUUUCCUCAAAAUUGAGCGCGAGUUAACCAUUUUUCGCCAGCUGAAGAGACUAAAACGGAUUGACACUGAAACGAGGCGUCUGCAGGGAAAUGGCGAGGGGACACUGGAAGGGAGUAGCGCGCACAACAGGCACAAGGAUAGCAAGGUGUAUCUCACAAGUAGUAAAAUAAGGAAAGACAGCCCACGUGUUAGCGGUUCUAACGCGAAGGGGAAGAGGGAUAGCUCAUGGGAAGAUAACACGGCUAACUACACACACAUUCGCGCAAAGAACGACGGGAGGAACCUCACCAGUCACUACGAAGGACAGCAUUACAAUAGCAAAAUUUUACCCAGCCGAUUGCAACAUGUCACCGAUAGUAGUCCCCCAAGUGGCAGCAGGAGCCGGUGGCCCAACCCCCGCAGCAACCAGUCGGGAAGUGCCCCCCCACACGGAAAUGGAACCCCCAAUUUGUACAUAAACAAAUUGCACGAUUACCUAGACAUAGCGCAAAAAUCAGAAAAUGAAAAAAUAAAAAUAAAUAAAAUACUAAACAGAUUGAGAAACGAAAACUUAACGAUACAUGCUAUCCUAGAGGUGCUAAAAAGUCUCUGUACCAUUUUGUUAAAGAGGACUCCUCAUCAUUUGGAUAAUUUAAUACCACUGGAUUACUUGAAUACAAAAAAUGCAGUCAAAAAGUACAAUAGCUAUUUUGAGGAGUACUUUACCCAUGUCGAGAGGUACAUACAGAACUACAUCUGCCUCAUUAACGAACGGGACAUUUUUGACCUCUUCAAAUAUAUGUAUUAUCUGAAUUAUGCUCUACAUUUGGAGGUUACUGAACUUCUGCUGGAGAAAUUCUACCUCCACAUGGACAAACUGGAUAAUUUGAAAACAGUGCAGAUAUUUUACAUCAUCCAGUCCUUUUACAAGCACUUCUAUUCGAAGGAAGUAGACAGUUACCUCACCUUAACUGUGGAUGAUAAGAUCAGUGCGACCUACAACGAUGACCUGGUUAGGAGGAAAACAAAUUAUUGGAGUCACCCCUCUCAGGAUAACAAAUACACCUUUGGACACCUCUUUGAUGUGAAUUCCUCGAAAUGGGCCCUAGGUAGUAACACCAAUGGGUUGCCUUUUCAAAGUGGUUCCGAAAAGGGGAAGGACAACUUCCUAGGGGGAGAGGCACCCCUGUGGAGUGGACACCUAAACGGGGACUACAACGAUGGGGAAGCAGGCAAUUAUGUACCCUCGAAUGAGGAAGCUACAAAUCGAAGGAGGAUCGGAGAAUCCGCCUUUUUCAAAUCACCUGGAAGGGGUAACCCCAUGGAAGUAGCCGCGUCGAUACGGAGGCAAGAAUUUGGAGAAUCCUCAAAGGAUACCUAUGAUCCUAUUACAGAGAGGAGAACAAAAAUACAAGGUGAUGAAAUUUUGACAAUUUUUAAGUACAUUGAAAAUUUUCACCACAAAAUGAAUUUUUACUACACAGAUAAAGUGGUGACCUUUUUGAAAAAAAAUCGAAAUGAACUCUCCACGGAUACUCUCCUAUGCGUAGCGAACAUUUAUCUAAACGGUGCUGACGAGAUCAUGAGCAGAAGUUUGACCCAAGCCUUACACCACCGAGUGGACCAUAUGAAUGAGGAGCAGUUAGUGCGGCUAGCUGACUAUUUGAAGAGGGCAAAAAAUGUGGAGAGCAUCAUCAUGGAAGGCAGCACCAUGGAAGGCCUCAUCGUGGGGGAUAAAAAGGACGGCAACCAGGGAAUCCCAUUGGUGAGCAAAAUUCUCCACAAAAUGAAAAAGGAUAGCGAAUUGAUCACUCCGAAUAAUAUCGCAGCGGUGUAUUUAGACAUGCAUGAAAUUGUCAGCAAACUGUUGCUGUCCUCAGUUAACAUUACCUACGGGAAAGAUGACCCUCCAGUGAAGCAGGCGAAAAAGAAGGGGGGUCAUGAAGACACCAGUGAGGAAGUUACUCCAGAGACGCUCGCGGAGAGGAAAAAUUUUACCACAAUGGGUGACAUCCCCAUUGGAGAUAACAAAAAAGGAUCGGUCAUAAUGACAGGAAAUGUGUCAGAGAAAAACGCUCUUACGCAAGAAGUGAUAAAAUUCUGUGAUAACUACGUGAACAGCAUUUCGCACUUCCCAUCCGUCCUGAGCCUGUACCUUUUGUACAUAAAAAACGACGCGAUAAAGCAUAAGACAUUACAGGCAUUUGAAAAAAAAAUAAAAAUGAAUAAACACAAAUUGACGCAGGAGAACAUUUCGAAUAUAAUUCUGUCGCUGAGUAUUUACCCGUACCAUACGACGCAGAUGUUCACCUAUUUGGAAAAUGUAAUCGGCGAAAAGUUAAUCAGCGCGAGGGGCCGCUCGGGGGGGGGCGCUGACGAAGGGGGAGUGAUGCGAUCGGAAGAGGGCGCAACAGGAGAGAGUACAACAGGACUGAGCACAACCGGAGAAGGCGCAACGGAAGAGGCCACAACGCUGCAAAGUGAUGCAAACUAUGCGAACCACUCCAUGCAUGUGGACGCGAACUACCUAAUUGACAUAUCACUCGCCUUCGGAAUCGCCGGGAGGAAGAACCUGAACCUGUGGAAAUUUAUAGACGUUCGCAAAAUAGUCCUCACGUGUAACAAGAAGCUACUCCUAUACCUUUCAUACAGUUUUCUGCUCACCAAUUAUGUCUGCCCAGUGUCGUGGUUUUUCCUCAUAAAAAGGAUUGUGGAUGAUGUGACGGCCUUCAACAAAAAACAGUAUGAGCUAUUGUACGAAAUAUUGAAGUGUGCCAUAAUGUUUAACUACAUAGAUUUGAAUAAUUUUUCUAGUGAAAAUUCAUUCGGUUAUGUAAAUCGGUGGAGAAGGAGUCAGUCACCGGAAGACACUUCCUUCCGCAGUUACACCAAUAAGAAUACUACCCCAGCUAGCCAAUUUCUUAAAACAUUUCAGUACCUUCUAAACGCUUCCUAUUUUCACUACAAAAUGAAGUUGAUAAAUAAUCAGUACACUUCCAAAGUUCCUUACGAAGAGGUUUUUAAUUACUUAAAAUUAAAAUAUGAGAAAAAUGUGGAAUUUAAACAGCUGUAUAUAAUGCCCUAUUUGCUCACGGACUAUAAUGUCAUCAUUGACCCGCUGCCGACUACUCCUAUUCACAGAUGCAGUGGAUACAUCAUGGGAGAAAUACAACUAAAGCACAAAGUGUUUCAGUGCGAUAACUACGUGGUUUUGUCUUUUUAUGAUGGCAUGUGGGAUGAAUUUUUAAAGGCUCCCCAUGGGGGCGGAGAGCUCGCUUAUGAUAUCAAAGCUCUAGCCGAGCACUUCAGAACACACACCGAGUCACACCUCAAAAUUAGAAUUAACAAGGCUGCCACAGUUCGCGCCGGUCUCGCUCUGCACAGGGGUGGAACGAGUGCCAUAUCCGGCAACCACCCAAGUGGCGGAGCCAUUACCCCCUUUGCGCUUGACAGCAAAGCCAGAGGCAGGGGACCCCCACCAGGCGUUAAUUAUCUCAAGUACACGAAGAAGGACUCUCCACAAGAGCAGAGAAAUCGGUACUUAACACACAAGCCCAACAGUAUGACCUCCAAUCAAGACCACAAUAAAUACUUAAAAAUUAAAACAAAAAUGGUAAGGAAAGGGGCUUGA